GAUUGGUAUUUUUGUAACAUCAAAAGUUCAUUUUUGAGGCAAACAGAAAAUCCAGCUUAUUAUAGUUUACUAGGACUAACAACCCCCGGACAAAUUCGGAAAAAAAUUCUGCAAAGUGGGUGGUGCUUUAAGGAACAAUGAGACAGAGCCUAGUGUGGGGUCACAUGUAGAGGGGAUAAGCAAGGCCGUAGUAAGCGCCGUUACCAAUUUGGUACUUUGUGGUUAUAGUUUUCUCCAAGUUGCGCUUAAGAAAGUAUGAACAUGGGCAAAACUGAGAAACUCUAUCAAUCAACCAACUGGACAUUGAAGUAUGUCACCGGAGAUUUGUUCUCCUGUCCACGCGAUGAAUCCUUGGCCCACUGCAUCAGUGAAGACUGUCGCAUGGGAGCAGGCAUAGCGGUGAUGUUCAAGAAGAAGUUUGGUCGAGUCUCAGAGUUAAAGGAGCAGAAGAAGCUUUCGGGGCAGUGUGCUGUCCUGACACAUGAUCAACGUUUCAUCUACUAUCUGGUAAACAUACCACAAUUAUACUGCACAGGACCAAAACCUGUUUCAUUAUUCAAUCUGGUAACUUGA